GAGGGCUGGGGUGUGACCCCAGAGAGGGUUUUGAAAGUGAAAUCAGAGGCAGGCCCUCCGAGGUUCCGAACCAGACUUCUUACGGUGGCUUCAGCCUCUGCCUGCCCUUCAGGCUAGUUUGCUCAGGCUGGCCCCUGCUCCCGCGCCCGGCCUCCUGCCUCCCUGCCCUGGGACCAGGUUUCUCUGUGCUCUGUUGACAUUGGGAGCAGAGAGUUCUUUGUGGCGUGCGUUCUGUGCAUUGUAGGAUGGGUAACGGCAUCCCUGGCCUCUCCUGCACUAGAUGCCCGUGCCACCCCGCUCCCCAGUUGUGCCAACCAAAUCUGUCUCCGGACGUUCCCAAAUGACCCGCGGUGGAGCAAAGUCGCCUGCACUGAGAACCACCGCCUGAGAACAAGCUCAGAGCCUUGUUUCCUUGUCGCAUGGCUGGCCUCCUGUUUUCCUUCAGCCCUCAACUGGAGUGGUGACUCCUUCUUGUACGUGGUCCCCACAAUGAUGAGCUCCAUGGUGGCAGGGUUCUUGUGUGUCUUGUUCCUCACCAUGCCCUCCGGCACCUACACCAGUGUGGGACAUUACACCGGAGUGGAGCGGAAGGGUGUUCUCCAGAAACGGCCUCCAGCAUGGCUUCAGAAAUUGGGACCCAGGGCUGUCAUAAUUCAGCUCAUGUGAGACCAUUUCUUCUUCUUCCUCCACCCUUAACUCCAGCUAAAACCAGGAUGGAGCAAUUACCUGGGAAGUGGGCUUGCUGGUAGGUCAUCUGGGGACCAUCUAGAAGCUGCGGGUCACGUGUGUAUUCUGAAAGAUGCCUUGGACUUUGAAAGCCCAUCCGAAAUCUCCAACUUCAUCAAGGCUGAGAGCUUGGAGGCAGCUAUGGCUCUUCAUCUAUAUAGAGGGGGUAGACUUCUGCCAGGUCAUGGAAUUCCUUUUGGAAUCAUCUUUGGUGGAACUGAUUUAAAUGAAGACGUUAAGCAUGGAGAAAAAAACAAAGUGAUGGGAAGAGUCCUAGAAGAAGCCAGAUUUGCUGUCGCUUUCACGGAGUCAAUGAAGGAAACGGCGCAAAGGCAGUGGCCACAUGCUAAGGAUAAGAUCUAUGUCCAGAGUCAAGGAAUUGCAACAGUGCCGAACACCACCUUUAACUGGAACACCUUCCUCCAGCGUUCAGAGAUUAACCAAAGUGCUGACAACCUACACGUGUUUCUCCUGAUCUGUGGACUCCGGCAAGUGAAAGACCCUCUCUAUUUGGUGGAUGCAUUCUCGGAAUGGCAUCAAGAGGAGCCCAACAUUUAUAUGGUUAUCGUCGGUCCUGAAGUUGAUCCAGUGUUCACAAGGGAAGUAAAAGCCAAAGUAAAGAGGACCGCUGGGGUACGAUUGAUCGGGGAGAUGGCUCAGGAAGACCUCCACGCGGUCAUGAAGAAUUGCUUCGCGGUGGUGAAUAGCUCUGUCUCUGAAGGCAUGUCAGCCGCAAUCCUGGAGGCGAUGGAUUUGGAAGUCCCUGUGUUGGCAAGGAACAUCCCUGGGAACGCGGCAGUGGUGAAGCACGAAGUUACAGGAUUGCUGUUUUCCGACCCUCAGGAGUUUGUUCGGCUGGCAAAGAGACUGGGGGGCGAUCCGGCGUUAGAAAAACAAAUCGUGGCCAACGGAAGGGAGUAUGUGAGAAUGUAUCAUUCGUGGCAGGUGGAGAGAAACACCUAUGGGCACCUGGUCAGGAUGCUGGAGGGAAGCAGUGAGGACUAAGGGCGUGCCUGGUGCCGUGAGAUGCUCAGCCCUGGGCAGACACCCAGGGGCAGGGCUCUGGGCAGAAGGGCCAUCCAAUCCAAAUCAAGCUGGGUUCACUGGAACCGUAGAUUUAUUUGUCCUAAGACGAUUCAUCCAGAACCUCUCUGUGCUUCCAGGUAACAGCCCAGAUGUGUUUCCUGAUCAGUCCUCAUGGAGAUGCAGUACUAAUUGGGGCAGGGUAACUGUUUUUAAGGGUCAUCAGGGAGGGAGUUUGAUUAGCUGCUUUAGGACUUCUAGGGACAGUAGGGGCUUAUUUGUAAGCCAUCACAGGGAAGGGUAGGCCCCUCUCCCCUGUCUUCUGAUGACCUGUGACCCAUCACUGACUGUUCAGAGAGCAAAAGCAAAAAUCAGACGUGUUGGCUGAGAGGGGUACUGGCAGUGAUUAUAACGUGGUACAGACCCUGAAGCCAAUCUGGGGCCCCGACGGAUGUGCGGCUGGGCCCCCAGGCUCUGCAGGUUUCCUUCUCUAAACGCUGGAAACAGUGCCGUGCGUGAGUUGACCUAAUCAGUCAUGUAACUGAAAGAGCGGGGAGUGCUCUAAAAAAGCAGGCAGACCCCCGCUCCCCCCAUAGGCUCCCCCCACCUCCUGGUUGAAUUUGGGUUGAAAACCAGUUGGAACAAAGCCCAUAUCGCCCAUGGCCUGGAAAAUACUGGAGCCUGGCUCCUUGGGUUCAGCAUCAGGGACCCAGCAUCAAGGAUACAGCAUCAGGGACCCAGCAUCAGGGACCCAAGGAUGAGUGUCGAUCUGGUCACCAGCCUCCAGCCCAUCGCAGGACCGGCACUCGGGUCCCCUUGACCUUAUCCAACACAGGGCGAGCUUAACCAAGUGUCGUCAUCACUGGAAGGACGUCCUGGCUGCACCGGUGCUGCAUCCCCCAGACCCUGUGCUUGUUUUCCUUGGUGGCGGUAUUUGCCUCUGUUGGAUCCUGAAAUCCCUGCUCUCUCACGGACGUUCCAUGACAACAACUGGGGGUGAAAUGCUCCGUUUCUCGUGGGAGGUGAGGAAACGACCGGGUCCAGAAGAAGGAGACGAAGCCGGCUCCAAGCCCGGCAGAAGAAGCUUUUCCUUAGUGUUUGUUCCAAUGCCUGCAGGCCCUGGAGUGGGGAGGAGGGAGCCGCGUCAUCUUUGCCUCAGACUUCACGACAUCUUGGACUCUUUUCUUUCCAACCGUCCUAUUUUUGUAAACAACCAAACCUACAUCUUGUUUUUAAAAGAGUAAACCUCAGACCGAACAUCUUAAACUCUAACGACCUGGGGAUAAGAACAGCACGUUUAUGGACUCUGUACUGUGUCACUUCCUGUGUCGUUCCGCGCCUCAGUCUCAGAACAGGAUCCCUCCCCACAGGCAGUUACCUGCAACCCGGAGAUACUCCUCGCAGCCAGGAUUUGCUGUCCUGCUAACAAUACCCCUCACAACCCCCCCUUUCCUGGCAUCUGAGGGUCACUAGGGUCGGGGCUCCCCUGUGGCCAUAGCGAAGAGAGGGAGGGAGAAGCAGAGCCCAAACUCCAGGUGGACAGCUCCAUCUGAGUCUGGAGUCAGCGAUGCCAGCCUAAGAAAAGGCCGCGUGUUGUCCCGGGUACCAACCAGCAAUGCUGCUGUUGAUAAAAUGCUGGUCGUCGGGAAGCUCCGCUCUCGUCCUGGUUGAGUGACACGGUAGGUGCCUCGCUCCAGUGAACCUCAGCAUCGUUCAUUCGUGUCUUUAUGGAAACACUCACACGUGCUGCGUGCCCUUUGGGGAAGGGCGUGUUGUUUUUAAAUGAAUAAAGUGUCACCAUCCGCUCUAGAGAAA